GCGUUCGUUGUGAGACGCGUCACUGUGUUUACCCGGAAAUGAGAGCGAGCAACAACUGCUGACAAAUAACCGAUUUCUAUCCGCGUUUUUUAGUUUAUUAAAAUGAUAAAUUCACCUUUAAUUUGACUGUAAACUGCUGAGUCAGAAUGUACAGCGGACUUUUGCCAAAAGGUUGGACGGAGGACGACCUCAGUGACGAGGAGCAGGAGGAAGCUGUGGAAGAGAAGAGGACGAUGGAGGAGAAGUGUGAGAGCUCAGUGAUGGAGGACGCACCAGUGACUCACACUGUCACUGGGUCCCCGACAUGCAGUUUGCCUGGUGUGUCCCAGGAAAUGUGGCAAAAAUUUCAGGACCUACGGAAGAAGAGUGAUGAAAUCAAGACAAUGAAGGUUCAGAGAAAACGAAAAAGACGACGACACAAUAAAGCGGGAACAGAAAGUGCAGAGCCGACAGAGACAAGCAGAGUGUGUCAGGAGCAACGGGAGCAGCACUGGGAUGGGCUUAAGCAGUAUUUUGGUGUAAAUGAUCGAUUUGAUCCCCCUGCAUGUUCCAACCCCCCUCCGAAGUCCGGCCUAGAAAAGAGCAUAGAGAAGGCCAUAGCUGAAGGGGACAUUGCAAAAGCAGAGGAGAUGAGCGACAGACUCGCCACUCGAGAGCUGGCUGUGAAAAUCGCUCAAGCCGCUGAUUGCCGUGACUUUGUGGAACACAAACAGGAAGAGGAAGCUUUGAAAGCAGCGCAGAAGAGAAAGAAGGAUAUAGUCUGGGGGUUUGAGGCGAAACAACGAUGGGAAAGCAAAAGCAACAUGGGCUUCAUGUGACAAACAGCAGAAACAGUCUACAGUCUUUUUGUUUUAGAUAAUUUGAUAAAAGUGGUGUUUUUUAUUGAAAGACCGAUCAUGUUUCUUUGUAUAUUUUGAAGACUUCACAGUAGCACAGUGUGAGGGGGCAGAAGUCACACAUUGGCUGAGAAAAAAACCAAUCCACAUAGUAUGAGAGAGAGAGAGAGAGAGAGAAAAUUAUAGAGCAUUCAAAUUAAUUCCUAAGGCGCCCAUUGGUGUCUGCAUUGUGUUAUUUUUCAUUACAUUUCAGUGAUUUGAGCGUUCUGGCCUUUUUUUUUUUCUCCCCCCUUCAAAUUAAAUCUGGUGUACAUUA